AUGUCACGACUAUCGCAGUCAUUCGCGUGGCUGCUCCUGGCCAGCAUCGGAUCUGCGAGUGCCUACGUCGACAGCUUAUCCUUUGGACACCAGGGAAACAUCUCACCAGAUAAUCGAGGCAUAUCCGGAUGGCAAGCUAGCAGUGUCAACCACAACAUCCAAAUACUGAGCGACCGGGUGAUCCUCACGCCACCGGUGCCGGGAAAUGCGAAAGGAGCGUUGUGGUCCGAAGCUACAGCACCGCAGGCGGGAUGGACGGCAGAACUCGACUUUCGCGCAUCCGGGCAAGAGUGGGGAAGUGGAAAUAUCAACGUUUGGUACACCAAGGAUAAAGAUGCCGUGGGGACCAACAGUGUAUACAAUGCGGACAAGUUCGACGGUCUGGUUUUGGUGGUAGAUCAAUAUGGUGGCAGUGGUGGUAAGAUCCGGGGCUUCUUGAAUGACGGCUCGCAAAACUUCCGCAGUCAUACAAGCCUGGAAGCAUUGGCAUUCGGACACUGCGACUACUCCUAUCGCAACCUUGGUCGAACUUCCAAGCUCCGCAUCAUCAGCAACAACAAUGGUCUGUCCGUAUCGAUCGACGACAAGUCCUGCUUCAGCACCGAAAAGAUUGCCCUUCCAGCGGGCUACCACUUCGGCAUUACGUCCUCAACGGGCGAGAACCCAGACUCCUUCGAACUGACCCGAUUCACGGUCGAGACGGGCGGAGAAUCCGACACUCAAACCCAACAACAGCAGAACGCGCAGAAUCAGCAGAACGUGCAAACCCAGCAGAGCGUGCAGAAUCAGCAACCGCUGCAAAAGCUGGACAACUUUCCUGACUCCCCCGAGAUCCUCGACGACCGCAAUGCAGACGAAUUCAAAUCCCAGGCCGAGCAAUUCGCCGACCUCCACAACCGUCUCCAAAACCUCCAACACCUCAUGAUCACCACAUUCACCCGCGUCAGAAUGAUCAGGGACAAGAUCGACUCCCAGCACUCCGACAUGGUGCAGAAUGUGCAGAACAUCGGAGGCAGCAAGGAAACCGGCCUGCCCCCCGAGGUUGUCGGGAAGAUCUCGAACAUGGAACGCAAGAUUGAGAACAUGGAGAAGAUCCUGGAGAUUGUCAAGCGAGACGUCGAAGGCAAGGACUACAGGCAACACUUGAACGAGAUCAACAUGGCCAUGGACCGCCUGCACACCGGCUUGACUGCGGAUUUGCCCGACAGGAUUCUAGGCAGUACGUCGGCAAUUUCCUUUUCCUUUUAACUCCUAUGAUGAGCUUCCCAAACGUUACAACUACUGACAUGGGGGGGGGAUUUUUUUUCUUUCUAGUCAUCUCGCGCCACAAGCCCAGCUUCGGACUCUUCGUCUUCAUCGUCGUCGGCGUGCAGAUUCUGCUGGCGGGCGGCUACGUCGCGUACAAGCGGCGACGAUACAACUCGCCGAAGAAAUUCUUGUGA